CGGAGGAGGCGGGAGGCGCGCGCGAGCUGUCCGAGUGUGGAGCACGGUGCGCUGGUGGGAACGGUGUGCUCUGCUGCUGAGUGGCGAGCCGCCGGUGAGCGUCCCGCGAGCUAGCACGGACGGCGGCGUGAGGAGACAAACUGCGGCUCCCGUUGAUUGCACGCGCAGGAGGUGGUGCGCCGGUGUUGCGCGAGAGCACGAGCGCGCAGUUGGAAGACGAGCGGCGGGGACGGGGCGCGAGCCCGUGGCGCCAGACAGGUGGUGUCGUUGCUGAGGGCCUGCAGUCUGUACAGCUGUGGUGCGGAGAACACGAAAGGCCCACGCGGGUCCGUGAGCUCGCGGCUGCGUGGAGCGAGCUUCUUCAGAGCGCGCCAACACCGGCAUCUCAUCUCGUGUGUCACCACACGGAACGAUGUGGCGGUGGUGCACUGUGCUGGUGCACCUGUGCCUGCUGCACGACUUCAGCGACGCGCUACAGUCGUUUGUGCGCGAGCCCUCCGACCAGUACGUCAGGGAGGGCCAGACGGUGGUGCUCCCGUGCCAGGUGUCGGAGCCAGUCGGCCAGGUACAGUGGACCCGCGACGAGUUCGGCCUGGGCGUCAUACGCGACCUACCCAGCUACCCGCGCUACCAGAUGAUCGGCGAUGACCACGAGGGCAUCUACUCGCUGGAGGUGCAGCGCGCCACGCUGGAGGACGACGCCGUGUUCCAGUGUCAGGUCGGCUCGGCCGCCGGUCAGCAGGGCAUCAGGUCCCGUGACGCGCGCCUGACGAUCCUGGUGCCGCCGGAGCCGCCGCGGGUGAUCCAGGGGGACCAGGUGACGACCGCGGCCGGCCUGGAGGUCCGGCUCCAGUGCGAGAGUCGCGGCGGCCGUCCCCCGGCCGAGAUCGAGUGGUACCGCGGCGACGGCGCGAUCCUCGAGAACGGCACCUCCACCGAGUCGGCGCUGAUGGCCGACGGCAAGCGGAGUGUGGUGCGCUCCACCCUGGUGCUGACGGCGGCGCCGGCCCACCAGGACACGACCGUCACCUGUCGGGCGCACAACGCGGCGCUCACUCGGCCGCAGACGGCCGCCGUUCGGUAUCGCUGGUUCGUGAACGGCGAGCCGCUGCCAGGCCAGACCGACAGCUCCACGACGCUGCGCGCCGUCGGCCGUCACCUGGACAACGCCUCCGUGCUCUGUCAGGUCACCAACGCCGCCGGCACGGGCAGCGGCGCCACCCAGAUAAACGUGCUCUGUGAGUGA